AUGAACAGAGAAACUUCUCUGAGUCAAAGGCCGCGAGGCCCUUCAACGGACAACUCAGGAAUCCUCAACGAGCGCAUCCUCGUACUGGUAUUCGAAUACCUAAAUUGGGACAUAAAGGCCCUUUGCCAGGUGUCCGCCGUCGACCGGAAGCUACGGGCGCUGGCGAAGCGCCUCCUAUGGCGGAAGCUAUGCGCGCACCACGCGCCGCGUAUGAUACACACGCUGACGGAGGGGGAGUCGAACAGCAGGAUUAUCGGCGGCUGGCACGCGCUGGCAAAGCUGCUGGUGUUCUGCGGCGGGUGCCAGCCGACGGCUCAUUUCCAGCUGAGCCAGCCGGUGUCGGCUCACCUGGCGGUGGAAUCUUCGAGAUUCUCGAAGACGUCCGGGCGCAGCUUCCUGGUGAAGAAGUGCAGGGGGGACGUGCUGUACGUGAGCGACCCGUGCGAGCACGCGCGUGGGGAUCGGCAGGACCUCGUGGGGAUAUACAGAGGGGUAUUUCGGGGAUUUCUCAAGUCGAGGACGAGGGACUGCUUGAUUCGGAGCCGGGUGGAAUUUGAGGCGGAGAUGCGGUGCCCCUACUGCGGCGCCCGCGUCUGGAGCAUGACGGCGGCGAAGAUGGUUCCGAGGAGCGCCGCGCGGCGGUUGGGGUCGAGCGACGGCGCGCUGGAGUAUUAUGUGUGUUUGAACGGUCACCUGCACGGAACGUGUUGGCUGGUGGCGCUGUCGUCGUCGGACGGCGGGGUUGAGGAUGCGGAUGGAUGACGGCUGCCGUCGGAGCUGACAGAAUUAUUAUUACCAUUAUAGUUGAAAAUAUAAAAUCAAUUUGUUUCGGGAAGAUAGUCAGCUGCACGUGUUUGCACGUGGUGAGUGGCGACUACUAUGAGUGUUAUUUAUCAUUACUAUUAUUACGUCGGAGCUUAUCUUGAAUGAAACUUAUCCGUGCAGCAGUAGUAGAGUCCAAUUAGAGAAGUUCACAAGCCCCUAGGAAGUGUGCGGCAUCCAAGAAAGAUGACUAAUUUGAUGAAGAAGCAUAUUGAUGAAGGGUAUGGUGCUUAAUUUCUUAUCUUUAUGAUAUAGAAAUCUAUUUAUCAAUUAUUAUUAAUAGUUUUUUUUAAAAAAAAAAAAAAAUUAUUAAAUAAAAAUUAAUUUAAUUCACUAUAUUACAUAUAAUAUCAUAUUACCUCUCAUCUUUUAUUUUUCUCUGUCUCUUUAAAAAUAAAUAAAUAAACAUCUUUUUUAUUUAUACUUAUAUUAUAUAUAUAUUAUUUUUUUAUUGCGAAAUAAUUUUUAAAAUAUUUAAAUAUAUAUUCUAAUUUUUUAAUUAUAUAUAUUAAAUUUAUUAUAAAAUCAUUAAUAUAAAAUAUUAAUUAUAUAAAAACUAAUAUUAUAAUUUACUAUUA